AUGGCUGCGCCGGCGCCGCCAACCACAAGCUCCAAGCCGCCCCUCCCCCCGCGGCUCGCCGUGCCGCUCGCCCUCGCGCUCCUCCUCGCUCUCGCAUUCGUUGCCGACUUCCUCUCCUAUUCCUCCGCCAUCAGCCCGGCCGUCUCCUCCUCUUCCAAGACGGUAAAGGAGGGUAAUAUUGACGAUACGAAGCUUCGCAAUGGAUCACCGGCGGUGAGACACCUCAACGCCACGUUCUCGGACCUGCCGGCGCCGCACUGGGAGUGGGAGGAGAUGCCGCCGGCGCCCGUUCCCCGGCUUGACGGGGCGUCCGUGCAGAUCGGGGACCUCCUCUACGUCGUCGCAGGGUACGGGAGCCUCGACCAUGUCCAUUCUCAUGUGGAUGUGUACAAUUUCACUUCUAACACAUGGACUGGAAGGUUUGAUAUGCCCAAGAUGUCAAAUUCACAUUUAGGGAUGGCCUCAGAUGGGAGAUACAUCUAUGCAGUGUCUGGACAAUUUGGUCCACAGUGUCGGCCAGCUGUGAGCCGUAAUUUUGUUCUAGACACAAAGUUAAGGAAGUGGGACGAAUUGCCUCCUUUACCUGUUCCUAGGUAUGCACCAGCUACUCAACUUUGGCGUGGGCGGCUUCAUGUGAUGGGUGGUGGCAAAGAAGACCGCCAUGAACCUGGAUUAGAGCACUGGAGCCUUGCUGUGAAGGAUGCCAAAGCAUUGGAGAAUGAGUGGCGAGCUGAAAUACCGAUACCACGUGGUGGACCUCAUAGGGCAUGUGUUGUUGCUAACGACAAACUCUUUGUGAUUGGUGGUCAAGAGGGAGACUUCAUGCCUAAACCAGGGUCACCUAUUUUUAAAUGCGCAAGGAGGCAUGAGGUUGUUUAUGGUGAUGUGUAUAUGCUAGACAAUGAAGCUAAAUGGAAGCAACUGUCUCCAAUGCCAAAGCCAGAUUCCCACAUAGAAUUUGCAUGGGUCGUUGUUAAUAACUCCAUAGUAAUUGUUGGCGGAACUACCGAGAAGCACCCUAUCACCAAAAAGAUGAUUCUUGUUGGUGAAGUCUUCCGGUUUGAUUUGGAAACAUUGAAAUGGUCAGUCAUUGGUCGUAUGCCUUUCCGGAUCAAGACAGCCUUAGCUGGUUACUGGGAUGGUUGGCUCUAUUUCACUUCUGGGCAGAGGGAUAGGGGACCUGAUAAUCCAAGUCCUAAGAAAGUUGUUGGUUCUAUGUGGAGAACGAAACUGCACGUCUGGUGUCCAAUGUUUGAACCAGAGGUUUCUGUAUAUUCUUAA